GCGAAUAUAAGCAAACAUCAGAAAUUCUUAACAUCCCAUUUCGUUUUCUCACGACUGUAGGAGAGGCGCCAAAGCAUACGUUUUCGUUUGAGAGUAUAUAGCAUCCCAUUGGGUAUCCCUCCAUCACGUGGUUGUGCUUGGCCGCGACUUGCGCGCUGCUCUAUGCUGCUUGUUAUUGCGUACGUUUGGUCGUUAUCUUCAGUGGACUCUCGCGAGUAGGCGGCUUCCCGUAACACAUUUCAGCAUGUACGGUUAUUCGCAUUUUUGCCCGAACGCAGUCAAUCGAGUUACGCUCCCAUUCGACACACAUUUGAAGCACAUUUGAAGCAUUUUUGAACCAGUUUGACGUGGCUUCACCCACAUUUGACGCUCAUUCGAAGCACGCUUGCUCGGCGAUUCCCCGCGCUGCCGCCCAAAUGGCCGACCAGAACCCCGACCUGAAGGUGGAGGAAGCCCUGAAGGGGGCAGACAUCAAGCUGCUGCUGAUUGACUUCGACGGCACGCUCUUCGUGGACAAGGACAUCAAGGUGCCGAGCGAAAACAUCGAUGCGAUCAAGGAGGCAAUCGAAAAGGGGUACAUGGUUAGCAUCUGCACGGGCAGAUCAAAAGUAGGAAUAUUAAGUGCCUUCGGGGAAGAAAAUUUAAAAAAAAUGAACUUCUACGGCAUGCCUGGAGUCUACAUCAACGGAACGAUUGUGUAUGACCAGAUUGGCUACACCCUGUUGGACGAGACGAUAGAGACUGAUGUGUAUGCAGAGCUAAUUAGCUACCUAGUGGAAAAAAAUUUGGUUAACCAAACCAUUUUCCACCGAGGAGAGUCCAAUUAUGUUACAGAGGAUAACAAAUAUGCAGAUUUCUUGCAGAAAAUGUACAGCGAAAAUAGGAGCAUCAUAAUAAGGCACAAUGAAAUGCUCAAGUAUAGAACGAUGAACAAGCUAAUGAUUGUGUUGGAUCCCUCUGAAUCGAAGACUGUAAUAGGGAACCUCAAACAGAAGUUUAAAAAUAAGCUAACCAUUUUUACCACUUAUAAUGGGCAUGCGGAAGUUACGAAGUUAGGGCAUGAUAAAUACACGGGGAUAAAUUACCUCUUGAAACAUUACAAUAUUUCAAAUGACCAAGUGUUGGUCGUGGGGGACGCGGAGAAUGACAUCGCGAUGCUCUCUAACUUCAAGUACUCCUUUGCCGUUGCCAAUGCCACUGACUCGGCCAAAUCCCACGCCAAGUGCGUGCUCCCCGUUUCGCACCGGGAGGGCGCCGUGGCCUAUUUGCUCAAGAAGGUGUUCGAUUUGAAGAAGUGACCUCGUUGCGCCUUCGCUGUGUGUGAGUGGUGACUCCGCGCACACCCCCACAACGCAGUCACUUGGCCUGUUCCAACAGCGACGAACUUCGCGUAUGCGGUGUGGACGCACAUGUAGGAGGCCCAUCACGCGCACAAACCUGUAGAGGUGGCUCCACUCACUUCAUACCCGCUGUCGUGUAUACUCCCAUUUACACCUGCGCAGC